AUGGAGAAGAGGCUAGUGGAAACUGACCUGUUCGGCGAGAUGGGGCGUUGGAGCAAGCCCUCGAUCUACCAGGUGCCGGAGUGGGUCAAGAAUAUGACCACCGAUAGCGAGCAGGCCGCCUACUACCGGCCGUUGUUGGUGUCACUAGGUCCAUUCCACCAUGGCAAGGGUCACCUCGCCGACAUGGAGGAGCACAAGGAACGAGCGGUGCUGCAUAUAGUCAAGCGGUCUGGCAAGCCCCUCAGUGAGUUCAUCACCGCGAUUGAGGGGGUCAUAGACGAGCUGCUGGACGCAUACGAUAAUCUAGAAGAUAAAUGGCGCAAAGCAGAGAGACACCUCUUUGUGAAGAUAAUGGUGCUAGACGGGUGCUUCUUGUUGGAGAUGUUGAAGGGGGUUUCAGAUAAAGAAGCACCUCGUGAUUACGCGACCAACGAUCCAGUCUUCAGCGUGCAUGGCAUGCUUUGUUUGUGGGUAGGCAUCCGGUGUGAUAUGCUCGUAAUUGAGAACCAGAUUCCUCUGCUUGCAUUGUACAAGCUUGAAGAAAUUUGGCGCGGCACGGCACUUCUGAGCGCAAGAGACAUCAAUAAUUUGGUGCUUAAUUUUGUGUGGGACCCACUCGAGGACAAAGACAAGCAAAGGGAUCGUAUUGUCGACAACAAACUGUGUCUCCACCCCCUGGACAUUUAUCAUAAACACUUCUGUGGUCUCCAUCCGGCCACACAAGGAACAAAAAUGAAGUGGGAGCCGAGCAUGCACUGUGCUGUAGAACUCAAAGAAGCAGGGAUCCAUUUGAGGAAGUGCAACAACACUAAUGUCAUGAAUUACAAAAGUCGUGUGCUUAGCUUACCAACAAUCUCCAUUGCCCAUGAUGGCACUGCGAAAAUCUUCCUUAAUAUGAUGGCGUUUGAACGGCUACAUAGUGACGCCGGGAGUGAGGCGACAGACUAUAUGAUCUUCAUGGACAACAUCAUUAACUCUGAAAGAGAUGUCGCACUGCUGAGAUCCAAAGGGAUCAUCAAGAACUUGUUGAGCAGCGACAAAGAGGUGGCACAGCUGUUCAACAACCUGAGCAGGGGGGCGGUGUUGAACCCAUACAGCAGGCUGCACGAAAUUCGUCGAAAGGUGAAUGCACAUUGCGGGAGGCCUUGGAACAGGUGUUGGGCCAUCUUCCGGUACACCUACAUGAGGAACCCGUGGGCUUUCAUUUCCCUCGUGGCUGCUGCAAUCCUCCUCAUCGCCACCAUCCUGCAGACCAUUUAUUCUGUCAUGGGCUUCUACAAACCCUGA